AAAACUAAAGACACAGGGGAAGGCAGACAUCAGGGUAGAAGAUCAGAAAAGGAACAGAGUAGAACAAGCAACAGAAGGAAUAAUAAAAUGAAGAACUAAGCUUUGGCCCUCAGAAAAGUCCUCGAGUGUCUGUCUGUCUGUCCAGUAGUUCACCGGCUCUGCAUCUCCUCUUCAGUGUCUCUGACCUGCUGACAGCUUGCCAUUCAUCAGCACCCUAGCACCUCUGCCCUCAGGUCUCCUGGCUGCAGAAGCUGAUGUUUGGGAUCAAAGAUCUCUGUGGUUCUGGGAUGCUGUGGCUGCUGUUCCUCACCCUCCUCUGUCUGGGGAGCGCAAUGCCUGUUACUCCUGACCUAGGCUCAGGACGGGAGUUGGUAGGCAUCGUCGGGGGCUGCCCUGUCUCAGCCAGCCGGUUCCCAUGGCAGGUCAGCCUGAGGUUCUACAACAUAAAGUACAGUAAAUGGGAACACAUCUGUGGGGGUUCCCUCAUCCACCCCCAGUGGGUGCUGACUGCUGCCCACUGCGUACAGCCGAAAGAACUGGAAGCUUGUGGCUUUAGGGUCCAAGUUGGACAACUGAGGCUCUAUGAAAAUGACCGGCUGACAAAAGUGGCCAGGAUCAUCCGCCACCCCAAGUUCAGUGAGAGGCUGUCUGCCAAAGGGGGUGCAGACAUUGCUCUGCUGAAACUGGACACCCCAGUCAUGCUGUCUGAACAUGUCCGCCCUGUCUCCCUCCCUGCUGCUUCCCAGAGGGUCUCCCCAAGGAAGACCUGCUGGGUGGCUGGCUGGGGUGUCAUCGAGAACUCCAUGCCGCUGCCCCCACCCUAUCACCUGAGGGAAGUCACAGUCCCCAUUGUGAGAAACAGUGAUUGUGAGCGCAAGUACCACACCAAUUCUUCCUGGAACAGCAACAUCAGGAUGAUCAAAGAUGACAUGCUUUGUGCUGGGAUGAAGGGCCACGACUCCUGCCAGAGUGACUCCGGGGGCCCCUUGGUAUGCAGGUGGAACUGCUCCUGGGUCCAGGUGGGUGUGGUCAGCUGGGGCAGAGGCUGUGGACUUCCUGACUUCCCUGGUGUAUACACCCGAGUGAUGAGCUAUGUGUCCUGGAUUCAUCGCUAUAUUCCCAAGUUCCCAGAACCCUCAGUGGAGCCAGAUGGGAUUAAUACAACGGAAAAGACCCUAACAACUCUUGUCGACCCCCUCACUCCUCCUGCUGAUCCAGCCUUACCCUGUUAAACCUCCCUAUCCCAUGGUAGUGGAACUCUCUGUGUUCCUGGUCUAGAGUCUUUGGUGUCCCUUAACUCUGGGAGGGAGGGGCUAAAGCCACAUCUCUCAGAAGUAGCUGGGCAGCCCAUAUCUCCUCCUUACCCUGUUUCCCAUUAAAUGGUGGAUUGUCUAAA